AUGGUCCGCAAGUUGAAGUUCCACGAGCAAAAGUUACUGAAAAAGGUAGACUUUAUUAACUGGGAAGUGGACAACAACGUUCACGAGGUUAAAGUGCUGAGGAAAUACCGCAUCGAGAAGAGGGAGGACUACACAAAGUACAACAAACUGAGUCGCAACAUCAGGGAUUUGGCGCAGAAAAUUCGAGACGUGGACGAAAAGGAUGGAUUCAGAGCUCAGAGUACACAUCAGCUACUAGAAAAACUUUACAGCUGCGGGCUUAUCCCCACCAAACAGAAUUUGUCCCUGACAGAGAAAGUCACAGCCUCCUCAUUCUGCAGGCGGCGGCUACCCUACAUCAUGCUCAGCCUGCGAAUGGCCCAGAAUCUGAAAACGGCCAUCACCUUCAUCGAGCAAGGACAUGUGCGCGUGGGCCCAGAGGUGGUCACGGAUCCGGCCUUUCUUGUCACAAGAAAUAUGGAAGAUUUUGUUACCUGGGUGGAUUCCUCAAAGAUCAAACGACACGUCUUGAAUUAUAACGACGAGAGAGACGACUUUGACAUGUUGGAGUGA